AUGAGUGCCUACACUCUCGCCGACAUCUGCGGCGCGCCCUACUCCGGAGGCCGUAUAUGCUUCAGCCCUGAUGGCGGCUGCAUUUUGGCCCCGGUGGGCAACCGGAUCACCGUGUACGAUCUGCAAACGAGUAAAAGCACGACUUUAUCAUCGCAAACAAGGUCCGACAUCGCCAUUGUGUCGUACCACCCGACCUUGCCUCUGGCAAUCCUCAUCGACUCCCAUGGUAUUUUGCUUUUUCCUGACAAUUCACAUGCCGCAGGUUAUGGGUACAUUUUAAAUUUAUUAAGAGAUCGCAUACUUCACCGGCUGCAGUUCAAGUCGUCCAGCACCGUAGCUACGGCUAAAAACAAGUCGUCAAUAUUGCCGGCCAACGAAUCGCAACGUCUGGUGCGUGAUGCGGCCUUCAGCCCUGAUGCAAAGUUCUUCGCGGUUGCCGUUGGCAGGAAACUGUGCAUAUGGAGGGCUCCAGAGGAGCAUCUGUCAUGGAGGAUGACGCUGCACCGCGAGUUGACUGGUCACAUGGAAAGCAUAUCCAGCCUGGACUGGUCCAGUGAUUCGCGUUUCAUCUGCACCGCGUCCGCAGACAUGACUGUCCGUCUGUGGUCUGUGAACCCUAUCGAGGGCUUUGUUCCGUGCGCUUUCGUCGACCACCGGCGGUCGGUGAAGGGCGCCUUCUUCUCCCGUGACAUGGGCAGGAUAUUCGCCGUGUCCAAGGAGGGCGUGAUCAUAGUCUGGAAGGUCGCGGACGACGGCAGCGCUGCGAACGUCAACGCAGCUAAGCACAUAGGUCGCAACAAGGCUAGGGCUCAGAAGAUCGCAGUGGAGAGCGACACGGACCCCGCCAUCAGCGGUCCAGAUGUCGACAUAGCUACUGCAGUGUGGGUCAAGGAGACCCAAGCGUAUUGCAAUCAAGCCAAGAAUACGGUGGUCUCCCGCGUGUCUUUCAACAAGAACACCAACCUCGUGGUGAUCGGCUUCACCGGAGGCCUUUUCGGCCUUUACAAGUUCCCAUCGCUGGAUUCCAUAUACACUCUGAGAAUAGGCAACGAGCUACCCGUGGUGGAUUCGGUUGACGUGUCCACUGACGGUGAUUGGCUGGGUUUGGCGUGUUCCGAGACCGGUACUAUCGUCGUGUGGGAGUGGAAAAGCGAGACGUUCGUGAUGAAGCAACAAGGCCACCACAGCGGCGUGCGGUGCGUGGCCUUCUCCACGGGUGGUGGUGACGCCAUAAAGCUGGGUGGCAUCGUGGACAAAGAGCUACGAACCGAUGUCGACCAGAACUUUUCGGGCAACAACCUCGGCCUAGGAAGCCGCUACGUCGUCGCAACCGGCGGUUUUGACGGGAAGGUAAAGCUGUGGGACAGCAACAGCGGUCUCUGUUUCGUGACAUUCGAUGAGCACACGGCAUCUGUCGAGGCCGUCUGCUUCACACCACAGGCCAACGCCGUAAUUACGGCGUCACUGGACGGUACCGUUCGUGCGUUCGAUCUGCUGCGUUACAAGAACUUCCGCACCCUCACGGCGUCGAGGGUGCAGUUCAUCUCCGUUGCCUGCGACUCCUCUGGCAGUAUCGUCUGCGCAGGAUCACGAGGUGAAGCGAACUCCGUGUUCAUCUGGAGCCUGCAAAGCGGCAAGUUGCUGGACGAGCUGCACGGCCAUGCCUCUGCGGUGACCAGCGUGGCAUUCCACCCCAGUCUGGCCUUUUCCGGUUUCUUGGUGUCUGCGUCAUGGGACAAAUUUAUCAACGUCUGGAACAUCUACGGACGAGCGGACAAGGGAGGAGCAACUGAGCCCCUCCUCAACUCGUCCAGCGUGGUGGCCAUCGCCUUUGACCCGCGUGACAAUAACGUCCUGGCUGCCGCCGUUUUAUCCGGUAACAUUCUGUUCUGGGAUCUGGACAACAGCGAGCAAAUCGGCAGCAUCGACGGUCUCCGUGACCUGCAGACAGGGAGGGACCCUACCGAGUUCUUCGCUGCAAACAACAGCCGUGGUGUCCGUGGCCAGAAGGGCGACUUACAGGCUGGUCUGAACCGUAAUCAGCACUUCAACUCGAUUACGUAUGCAUCGAGCGGCCGCAUGCUGAUUGCCGGUUCGCGCAACUCUGCGCACGUGUGCGUGUACAACACGGAAUCGUACUCUCUGCUGUACUCUCUGACGCUGACCAGGAACCGUUCAUUCACCGGGAUAAAUCGGGAGCUGAAUUCGCGUUACAUGACGGAGUACGGCAGUUCGUUACAGGAAUGGGACCUUUCUGACGACGAGGAGGUUGCGGAGGGCGCCGCCGAGCGUCGCCGUAUCCAGGCCCACCACUCACUUCCGGGUGUACAGCAGGGCGAGCUGAGCAGCAAGUCGCGCCGCUUCCACGUGUGGUGCGUGUCAUGUGCGCCCGACGGCAGGCAGUUCGCCGCGGCCACGUCGCACGGGCUGUACGUGUACUCACUCGACGCCUACAUCAAGACCCCGAACUAUGUUAGCGAGGUGCUGAAGUCGGUGGGAUCAUUCCAGCCCCAACUGCUAACGAAGAACGUGACCACUGGAAACGUGCUAUCUGCGCUAGAGGCCGGUGAAUACAGCCGUGCAUUCGUUCUAGCGCUGGCGCUGAACGACUUCAACACGCUGCUGCGCUGCUACGAGAGCGUGCCGAUGGGCUCCAUCGGCCAGGUGGUGGCUUCUAUUGCCCCGGAGUUCGUCUGCGUGCUGCUGAACUUCAUCCGCGCAGUGCUGAGCCCCGACUCCCCCUGUGGGACGGUGCAUUUACAGUGGCAUCUGCUGUGGCUAGAGGAGAUAUUCAGCAUCCACAUGCACACGCUCGGAGGUCUGGACGGUUCGGGAGGCGCGAAGACAAUCGCCCCUGUAGGCCAGAUCGACAUACGGACGAUGCUGCUGUUGCUGCUCCGCCAGCUGCGGCAGACCAAGGCUACAGUCUCUGGGGUGUUGAGCUCUAACGCACACACCGUAGAGUACCUGGCAUCACUCUCUGGGCGUAACAUUGACUGA